UAUGAUGUGGUUUAAGUGAAGUGCUAUGACUAUAUCUCACCACUUGGUGGUAGUGUUGGGGUGGUUUUGGGGCUUUCAUCCUCCCUAAAGGAAGACAAUUUUUUCUUGAAAAUUGAAAGCAACUUGGCAAGAGAAUUAAUGUAUACAUUCAAAAUGAGCUGUUUGUUUUACCAAUUCAAAAUUCUGUGAUUUUUUAUUGUCAAUUGUAUUUAACAUUUAAUAAUUUACCUUACAAUUAUGCCUAAUAUGCCAAAUGGAAUUUCCAAAUGCCUUGCUGAAAAUGGACUUGUUUUCCACCCUGAGCAGAGGCAUAGUUGAUUAUUUGAUUUCCUUGCCUAUACAGACAACUGACCCAAUUGUUAAAGCGCUUUUUUUAAUGGGAGAGUGGAUUUUCUUGGAGAUAGGCAUGCAUUUUGAGUUAUCUGUUAUGUUUUCUAGGGGUACUGUGUUUUUCAGGGUUUUGCCUGGUCUUCUAAGUGGAUGGCAGGACCCUGCUUUCUGUUCUUGCCCUACCACAAGCUGGAGUCAGGUAGAAAGCCUUGUUCACUGAACAGUUAGUUAUCCAGAAGCUCCUGCUGACCUUUGUAAAAUAUCCAAUCCUGGCUUGAGUUUAGCUACUUUUACUGUGUGACUCACUGCUACUCUAACCCAUCCACAUGGUACAAUUUCUACUGACUUUAUACAAAAAAUUCUGACUGCCAACAGCUGGCAUUUUUAUGGAUAUCAGUUGAAUAUGUCACCAUACAUCAGGUAAAUGGGAACUGAGAUUACACUUAGCAGAACUUUUUCCAUAUCUUUCAAGGGCUAAGGUAGACAUACUAGAGGUAUACAAAGUAGAAAGACUAGCUCCAUAAUCAAUGUAAGAAAAGGAUGUCAUUUCAAGAGAAUGGCCAGAUAACAAUGAACAUUCUUAGGGGAAAAAAAGAGCCAAGCAAAAAUUGUUUAUUUUCUCAGCUCUACUUAAUGAAGGCAACUUGUUUGGACUUGACAUGUUGAUGGUGGAAAUAUGAUGAUGUGAAUUUCUCACUGGUAUAGCAAGAAAAGGGGCCAGCUUGUAACUUGAGAUGAUUAAGGAGACUCUUCAUGACUGCUACAGAGCCAACUUAGUGCCAUCUUGCUGGUGGGAUCACUCCUGGCCAAAGUGAAAGCUACAUCAAGUUUGCUUUCAUUACAUAUUUUAUGAGCAAAUAUGUUUUGUAACAGCCAAGAGGUUGAGAAAUGGCACAAAUGUGUUUUUCUAGGGAUUAAUCUUGAGACCAAGAUCAUUGUGCACUGGUUCCUGCAUGCCAAGUUAGCAUGUUCUCUAUUCCUUGGGACUCUGAUUUGAACACCCAUGGCAUCAGGGAGGGAGUCCUUCUUUUAAAAUGUAUCUUAAAUAUAGGGUAGUUACCAUUGAGCUCUUGCUGGGUUUGGAGAAAAAUGGUUUCAGGCAGUAGUUCUCAGACCAGCAGCAAAGUCAUCACCUACUGGGUCUGUAGAAAUGAGACAUGCAAAUUCCUGGACCCUACCCUGAACCUCCUGAAUCAAGCUCUUCAGGUGGGGCCCAGGAAACUUUUAACAAACUCUCCAUGUGGGAUGGGAUAAGCUAAUGCUUGAGCUGGGAUACACCAACGUUUGAGAACCACUGAGCUAAAGAAAACCUAGUAGUCUACUCCUUAGAAUGACUUUGUUGUUGUUGUUGUUGUUGUUGCUAUUUCCCUUCUUCCUCCCUCUUUGAAACACUUUCACUUCUGGGUAAGCAUGCCACACUGGUUAUAGAGUUACUUUAUCUGUCCUCAGACAAAAGGUAGAUAUUUAUAUUUUUAAACCUUUCGUAAGACCACUCUAGCUAGCCUCUGGUGGUGGAAACAGGCCCAGCUGAGAUGGCCAUGUAAUCCCUAGUGAGAGGGGGGUUGAAGGUAGAGAGAUGGGUAAGGCCUGACUGGGAGCGGGACGAGCUUUGAGUCUGCAGAGCUGAGAGAAAGAAACAUCCCCAUUAGGGAGCUGGGCCUGAAAUAAGGGGUGUGGCAGCUCAAUGGGUGAGAGAAGGUGAAGCGUGGCCGAAACCGGUAGCAAAAAAGGGCGGGACUAGAGUUGUGAGUCCUGCAGGGGUGGGGCCAGGGUUGAGCGAAGGCGGGGCGGGACGGGAGGGGGCGUGGCUCCAAGUCGGGAUUGGGGCUGAGUGGGAGGCUCGGGAAGGGGUGUGGCCGGGGUUGGAAGGCGGGGUCCCUAGAAGAGGUCCUGGGAAUCUACGGAGAGGGAGGUGGGCGGGGAGGCGAGAUGGGCGUUGAGGAGGCCCGGCUUCGCGGAGGAGGCUGGCUGAGACGUGCCGGGAACCAGAAGGGGCAGGAAGAGGGUGGCCACCGGCCCGGCCCCGCCCCGGGGCCGCCUCCCCAUGGGUUCCGUUGGCUGUGGCGGCUGCAGAGGUUGUGGCGGCCGCGGGGCGGGCGUAAGAUGGCGACAGAGGCGGCGGGAGCCCUGGGCCUGCUGUGGGGCUGGCUGUGGAGCGAACGCUUCUGGAUGCCCCAGAACGUGAGCUGGGCCGACCUGGAGGGGCCGGGCGACGGCUACGGCUACCCGCAGGCCCGGCACAUCCUCUCGGUGUUCCCUCUGGCGGCGGGCGUAUUCUCCGUGAGGCUGCUCUUCGAGCGGUUUAUUGCCAAACCCUGUGCACUCCAUGUUGGCAUCCAGGACAGUGGUCCUUAUCAGGCUCAACCCAAUGCCAUCCUUGAAAAGGUGUUCAUAUCUAUUACCAAGUAUCCUGACGAGAAAAGGCUGGAGGGCCUGUCAAAGCAACUGGACUGGGACAUACGAAAAAUCCAGUGCUGGUUUCGCCAUCGGAGGAAUCAGGACAAGCCCCCAACGCUCACUAAAUUCUGUGAAAGCAUGUGGAGAUUCACUUUUUAUUUAUGUAUAUUCUGCUACGGAAUUAGAUUUCUUUGGUCGUCAGCUUGGUUUUGGGACACCCGACAGUGCUGGCAUAGUUAUCCGUACCAGCCUCUCACAAGUGGACUUUAUUACUAUUAUAUCAUGGAAUUGGCCUUUUAUUGGUCUCUUAUGUUUUCUCAGUUUACAGACAUUAAAAGAAAGGACUUCCUGAUCAUGUUUGUGCAUCACUUGGCCACCAUUGCGCUCAUCACCUUCUCAUAUAUCAACAACAUGGUUCGGGUAGGAACGCUGGUCAUGUGUCUACAUGAUGCCUCAGACUUCUUGCUGGAGGCAGCCAAGCUGGCCAAUUAUGCCAAGUAUCAGCGUCUCUGUGACACCCUUUUUGUGAUCUUCAGUGCUGUUUUUAUGGUCACUCGUCUAGGAAUCUAUCCAUCCUGGAUUCUGAACACAACCCUCUUUGAGAGUUGGGAGAUGAUCGGGCCCUAUCCCUCCUGGUGGCUCUUCAACGGCCUUCUCCUGACCCUACAAGUUCUGCAUGUCAUCUGGUCCUACCUAAUUGCACGAAUUGCUUUCAAAGCCUUGAUUCGAGGAAAGGUGUCUAAGGAUGAUCGCAGUGAUGUGGAGAGCAGCUCAGAGGAAGAAGAAAUGACCUCCAACACAAAAAGCCCCUGUAGCAACAGCUCCAGCAAUGGUGCCAAUAGGGUGAAUGGUCACACGGGAGGCAGCUACUGGGCAGAAGAGUAGAAUGGUUGGUAUGAGGACUUCCGCACACAUGGACUUAUAGGGCCACUGGCAGCCUACUCCUCUCGGGCCUCCCCAUACCUACAAUCCUGUGACUAGGGGUCUGCAGGGCACCGAGGAGAAUCAAAGAAGCAAAUAUUUUCACUUUUUAAAAACCUCUGCCAUUUUGUAUUUAAUAGCCUCCCAGGUUCUUUCAAUAAUAUUAUUUGCUUGUGUGUGUUUGUGUGUGUGCAUGUGCAUUUGUGCAUAUGCAUUAGUUUCAUUGGCUGGGUUAGAGCACAAUUCCGAACUGGGACCACUAGGCCUUGCCUGGUCCCCUUUGAACCCACCUCAAUCCCAGAUUGGGCUGCAUCUUGAAAUAUGCUGGCUCUGGACUGUCCCCUCCCUUGUUGUCCAUGACUCUUGAGGCUCUGGCCAUCUGAUGGAACAGCCAAGUUCAGCUACCAGUUUCUGCACUGUUCUUCCUUCGGAGCUGGAAUAUUUCACAUAAAGUUGUGUAGAAACUGACAACCAUGGAUGAAUGGCCAGGAUUGCUGUGGCCCCUAGCUAGAUCCCCUUCCUACCACCUGGCAGUAACAGGGACAGCUGCUGAUACCCUGCUUUUUACUCAAUGGUACGCAGGGAGUGGGGGGUGGGAGAGGUUGAGCUGAGGGCUGGAGGAGGACAACAGCUACUGGGUAAGCUGUUAACAGUUUAUACUAUUGUUUACUCUUCUGUGAUUAAAGUGCUUCAACCCUC